UUGUUCCCUUCCUGACCGGAUGUUUCACUUGGUCGUGAAUGAGCAAAGCUUUUGAGCGCGAGGAUCCUGCAGCGGCCCGCGGUCUCCGGGGGCAACCAAGCAACAUAGGAGUCGGUUCGGAAUCUGCUUGCAAAUGUCGGGGGGGGAAAAGGAGUCGCCUCCGAGAAUCGAUUCCGUACAAUAGAUUAUAAAGACACCGAAGCAGAAUCGACUGAAGGAGAAUCGAUUCUCUGCCUCAGCGAAUCGACUCGCAGUGCUAGCAGAAGGUGAUCGGAUGUGAGGGGACGCGCGUGGAGAUUUCCGCACUGUCAUGACAACCGUCGCGCAGUGUUACUUACACAACAGCACGGGAUGACGUGUACAACAAUUCCUGAAAUUGUCCGCGUUUGCGUGCAGUUCAGUUUCCUAUCUUAGUCGAAAGCUUGUGCACUUUGAAGGAUGGACCGCAAAGUCAGCAUCAGACGCGCCACGUCGGCCGGUUACCGCUUACCGGAGCGCACGAGCGUCCCUCUGGCCUCUCAGUCCACGGUGUCCGUGAGAAAACCACCGCGGAGCGCGCCGAGGAACACGAGCGAGACGCCGGCGUGGCGGGACCCGGACAGCCUAGACCCGGUGAAGCAGGACCGGGUGUGGAGAGAGCUGGUGCGCGUGGAGACAGACAAGGUUAAAGAAUGGGAAAAGAACUGGAGUUUUCUGAAAGACUUUGAUCAGCUGGGUCGACCCAGGACAGAGGAGCCGCUCCCCAGCUCCGUCUCUCUGUACUCUGACACACUGCCCAACACCAGCAACCAGAUAUUCGGCAGUCGCAUGUGCACUGAACUUGGUAAAGAGCUGAUGCGAAUGGACAAGCUGCUAAUGCUAACUGUGACGCACCAAAAGACCAAAGCGAGUCCUGAAAUGCAGCCCUGCUGACACCAGGUCUCCGUCCAACCCCGAGGUCUGAGCAGCACAGAGACACACGUGUUUGUAGUUUUUACAAUUUACCAACAUAACAAGUUUAAUUAGUAAAACUGAUGGAUUGAUGAAGAAGAUGCAAAGAAGAUGAAGAUUUUUUACUUCUCUACCUGCUGGUCAGCUGUUUUACUGUUUAGAUUUUACACAUUAUAGUUUCAUUUAUUUCUACACUGGCAGAACCUCGUCCUCUUCUACACUAGCAGAACCUCGUCCUCUUCUACACUAGCAGAACCUCGUCCUCUUCUACACUAGCAGCACCUCGUCCUCUUCUACACCAACAGAGCCCUGAUAGUGCUUUACAAAGCUACAAUAAUAGGCGCUACAUGUAAGCUUGAGAUUAGUUUACUAAUAUUUAUACAGUUUAUUUAUGAACAGAAAGUAGCUGAUGUCGUAAUCACGUCUUGCAGAUGUAGUGAACCCGCUGCUAUGGUUAUGUUCAGUAGGAAAGCAGCAGGACUCCACAGUUACAGCUGGAAUUAUCAGUAUAAUGUAAAUGUAGAUGCAUGUAAAUGUAACAGAAAUAUAUUUCUCAUAUAUCAGUCGAUCAAGUCAAGUAGCUAAUGCUAACGUAUAUUUUAUAAAAAGUGCAUAAAAUAUAUAAGUGAAACAUUUACCAAAACAUUUCCUGUUUCUUAACAAUGUGCCAGAAUUGUGGCCAUUCUGUAUAGCCUGUGUUUUAGCUCCUCUAUUCAACAGGCUUUUCCCUAUUUAGUACCCUUUAGUACACCUAAACACAGCAGCAGUGGAGCAGGAGCUAAAGUCGUCCUUGUGAGUCAAAUUCCUGCAAUGGAAAUGCACAGAAAAUUCCUGACAAUCUUCUGCUUCCUUGUGUUCUAAUGAUGAGCAGCGAUGCAUGUAGAUAUCGCGUGCUUCUGUCUUUCUGUAAGAUCACAUUUACUUUCAUUUUUUGGCUUCUUAUAUAAAUAAGUAAAAUAUAGAAGUUCUUGUAUCGGAUUUACAUCAUUGUGUACAAGAGAAAACUCACACAGUGAAAAAACAGGGAUUUUAAUUUUGUAUUGUUUGACUUUUCCACCUGCUUUCUCACCGUCACUGUUAACAGGUUAAACCUUGUUUUUUAUUUUGUUCCUCCGAAUGCUGUCGAGUGUGUGGGAGUUUCUUAUCAGCAGCUUUCAGAUAGAAGGAGAACGUGGGUGACGGAGGUGGGAUCACACGGAGCGUCUGGCAUGUUCACGUCUAACGUCUUCCAGUAAAAUGCUUCUGAUGCCUCCUCUGAUUUUGCCUUGACUCAUCGCCCACUGACUCACAUCUCUGUGGAAAACAGGUGCACUGAGGAUUAAAACCCACGCUCAAAUCUGCUUUUGUUUUAAUUCUAUACGACAAUCAUCAAAGAUGUAGAGCUGUUUCUGUAAAAUUAGGAUGGAGGUGCUUUCUAAUUCUCUGCCAAAUCUCAAUAAAGAAUCUGACGAAAGUUUUUUGUGCCGUUA